UUCUGUGAGCAUUGCUUUCAAAACUUCGUUGUACUUGUGUAUUAUAAGAAAAUGAGAACAUUGUGCUGCUAUCUUUGUCUUCUAUUCCUGGCAAUUCCUCAAGAAUGGCUAGCUGUAAAGGGAUAUAAUUUGAUGACCCAUUUGGCACACCAAGCAGAUGCUUUAGAAUAUGGAUUAAAAUUGGCAGGAAAAUACAAUUAUGGGUAUGGCUACAGAGGUGGUGCAAGGGUAGCAUUUUCUGCUUACACAUCCAGUAGUACAUCAUACUCCUCCGGAUCCACUGUCAAAUUUGGAAAUGUUGUCACCAACCAGGGUUCAGCAUUUAAGAGUUAUUACUACUUCCAAGCACCCCAUGCAGGACUUUAUGCAUUCUCGUGGACAAUUCGACCCUAUUCCUCCAACUACGCCUAUACCAGUGUCCGUGUUAAUGGGUCAUCAAAAGUCCGUAGUAAAUGCUACACAGGAACCACUUCGUAUACCGAUUCCUGCUCCAACUUUGCGAUCCUCAGCCUUAAGACAUCUGAUAAAGUUUCGAUUUAUUCAGACUCAACAUCCUACAUACAGAGUUCCUAUUCCUCGUUUUCUGGUUGGGAAUUGUGAAAAAUGAGAAUAUAUUGUAUUCCAAAUGAAUAAAGAUAUAACUGUUAAAAAGAA